AUGGCAUCCUACUUCUCCUCUCUCAAAUCCUCCUCCGCAAUCUCCAACUUCAGCACGCGUUUCAACUCUCUCCGCCGUGCCAUAUCAUCUGGCGAUGAGACCGACGACCCAGACUCCGAAGACUGCUCUCACAUAUCCAAUGUCCUUCGAGCAUACUACACUGAAAAAGGCCGCAGGUUUCCUGCCUGGCUGCCUCCAGACCCCAAGUCCCCCGCUCCUCCACCCCCAACAGUUGCCGUCGCAACCCAAGCCUCCAUCCAGGGAUACGGCGGAGCUCCGCCACCGGGCGGCGCUGCAGGAGGCGGCUUAGGUGAUCUAUGGGGGGACCCGUCGCCUGCCAGGCACCCACCGCAGCAACAGCAAACCUCCAGCCUACGCCUGGGUCGCAACGCGUCACACCAACCCCAGCCGACGUCCUCAUCACAUCUCAUGCCUUCGCCUCCGAAUGGACCCCCCCGACCAGCCACUUCAGCACCCACCCCACGCACCACGGGCUUAUAUUUUGAUGGCCAGAAUUCCCGCACCCCGCCACCUCCCACAACUACAAGUGCUCGUCCGCUCCCUAGCCAGCUCGCGGGCUCUUAUCAAACCUCCCAGGCUGCGCAGCAGCAGCAAAAUAGACUGGGUUCGGAACUCGAAAAGUCUACAUCGGCUGUGUCAGCCCAGGAGAGGCUGCGGGCAAGGCUGCAUGGGGGUAGCGCAAAUUCGUCCCCCUCCCGCACCCCGAGUCCCGGAUACAGUAGAAAUGAACAGAGCGGUGGCGGUGGACAAACUUACGGGUCAAGUCGUCCGUGGGAACGGGCUGGACAGCCGCGUGGACCUCGAUGAGGAUAUCUGCCAAAUGAAUAUGCCGGAUUUUCUAUACUUUUCUUGGGCAUGUAUUUGCAGUCACCGUUUCUUCCUGCUUUUCUUGUAGUGUUGCUCAGCAUGUUUUUGAUGAGUGAUAUUCAACAUAAACGGGUGGGAAUUUUACUUGAAGCACAGCCCAGAAACAUGCAUGGUAUGGGUCAAAUAAAUAACGGAAAAAAAUCGAUGAUUCUAUGCCAUUCCAUGCACCUAAUCCAAAAAACAAAAACGAGAUUUACAAGAACGAAUAUCGUUACAUAAAGGACACUGGGAUAAAAAUGAUCACAUAAAAAAAAAAGCCAACAAAAAAGAAAUCAUAAAAGACAGACGCUCAUGACAACACUAAAGUCAUUAACAUGAAAUCAGCCCCUGACCUUCCGAUAACUCGGCGGGCUCCAUGUCCUGGUUAUCAGCUUUACAGCCCAGACAGGCACGAGCGCAACAGCAGCAACAACAACAACCCGCCACACCCAUGCCAAGGUAACCACAUAUUUCAAGUCGAAGUAAUCACCGAGGAACGGCACGCUGGCCGCAUAGACGACGGCAGUGCCGGCAAUACACAGGAUCAUCACGGGAUGCCACGUCGUUAUCGACACAGCUACCAUGACCAGCUCAUUCAACACCAGCGCUGUGAACGAGACACUGAUCAAUUUCGGCCCGGUGACCUCCCCGACGAGAAUCUGUGCAAGACCUUGGAUUAUUGAGCCCUGGUAGACACUGACGAGGACCCAGGUGAAGAACGAGCGGUAACUGAGGCUGUGCCCCGUUUUCAAUUCCUUGUACAGUUCAGGGUACAGAUUUGCUAGCUCCUCGUCGACGUCGCGGUCCAGAACAAGAGAGAAGACUGGCGCGUUUGUGUAGACUGUAGCAUAACCGACCAACAGCCAGUUGAUAAACAGCCCCUUGGGGUCGAAGUGGCCCGCAAUGCUGUACAUGGUCUGGCAAGCGCUGAUGAUUAAACCGCGGUGCAUGAUAAACUGAGCGAGUUUGGCAGAGCGUUUGUAUGAAUUUCGCCCGUGCCAGACAAGAAGCUUUGUGAGGUGAUGGAAUUGUGUUAUGCUGAAGUCGGCAGCCAGUGAGGCCUGUCGACCUUCCUUGCCGAUAAUUCCAAUACCGACAUCUGCGGCCUGGAUCAUGGAGACAUCAUUCCCGCCAUCGCCGAUGCAGCAGAUGCGUUUUUUGGUAUGUUCCCUGAUUAAACAGGCGAUCUCGGCUUUCUGUGUUGGGGAGCAGCGGCAGGCAAUCACGGCAGGGAGAAGUACGGCGAUUGAUAUGAAGGGAGUACGGAAUUGGGAAAGUAAAAGGGCAAGCGAUUCACCGUCGAUCAGAAGGCACGAAUCCGUUUUGUUCCGGAGGAAGUCGAGCGUUUCCUGGGCAGACCCUUUGCCUUUUAGCUUGGUGACAGUGUGGAUAUAUUGGCCUCUUGCAACAAGUUUCGCGGACACGGCCACGCAACGUGCCGUUUCAACUUUAUCACCUGUAAGCAUCCAUAUUUUCACACCUGCGUUACGAAGGAGUUCGAGAGACGGUUUGACGUCCUUCUGGAGCUUGUCCUCAACGCCGGUGACGCCCAGAAGUUCGAGAUUCUGCUCCAGAUAUUGUUGGGCAACUCGUGCCAUUUCGGUGUCUCUGUUCUGUAGGGACAGCGAAGCCUGUUUGUAGCUGGUUGAAAAGUCUCUGUACUGCGCUUGAGAGAGUUUUUUCCUGCCAAUGACCAGAGUACGAAGUCCUUCUCUUCCCAUGUUUGCGGUCUCCUCAUCGAGCCAGUCAUUAGCGGCAACAAUAGAAGACAUGACGGUGUCAGCACCUUUUUGAUAAAACCAAAUCUCCUCAUCCUGCGCUGUUGAUUUGUCCAAAUCGGAACCUUGUUCGAAUAGAACGAUAAUGCCCAUGCGCUUGCUAUCAGAAGUAAAAGGGAAUAUAUCCAGAAUCCGAACACGCACAACAACGUUGCCAGUGUUUACUGACUUGAGAACAAUCCUUUGCCUAUCUCUGUGUACUAACUGGAGUCCCACCUCCUGUGUAUAUUUCACAAUCGCAAUCUCAUCAGGGGACGAAGCCUGGUAGGUUGUCACUCUCUCUCCGUCUUGCUCGUCCGUUGUUGGAGUAACAUUAUGACAGAGCGCGAGAGCUAGGAUUAUAUCUCGGACGCGAGAUCCAAUCUCUCGUCGAGUCCGUGUCGUUGAAGCCAAACCAGUGUGAACACCAUUUAUAGUUGUCGGGGUUACGAGCGAUGAUUGGUCAGAGGGGGCUGUAGAGAAGCCUUGCAGAAGAUAAGACGCCACUUCAUCCAUCGCCUCAUUCGCGUAAGAAACCGUUCCGACAUGGAUUUUCUUGAGUUCCAUUUC